AUGUUCACUUCACAUCAAGAUCCAGCCAACAACAGUACCCGCCAACACUUCACAUCAAGAUCCAGCCAACAGCAGUACCCGCCAACACUUCCCGCCAAGAUCCAGCCAACAACAGUACCCGUCAACACUUCACGUCAAGAUCCAGCCAACAACAGUACCCGCCAACACUUCGCCAAGAUCCAGCCAACAACAGUACCCGCCAACACUUCGCCAAGAUCCAGCCAACAACAGUACCCGUCAACACUUCACGCCAAGAUCCAGCCAACAACAGUACCGCAACACUUCGCCAGAUCCAGCCAACAACAGUACCCUCAACACUUCCACGCCAAGAUCCAGCCAACAACAGUACCCGCCAACACUUCGCCAAGAUCCAGCCAACAACAGUACCCGCCAACACCACGCCAAGAUCCAGCCAACAACAGUACCCUCAACACUUCGCCAAGAUCCAGCCAACAGUACCGCAAAUACACGCUCAGGUCCAGCCAACAACAGUACCCGCCAACACUUCCGCCAAGAUCCAGCCAACAACAGUACCCGCCAACACUUCACGCCAAGAUCCAGCCAACAACAGUACCCGCCAACACUUCGCCAGAUCCAGCCAACAACAGUACCCGUCAACACCUUCACGCCAAGAUCAGCCAACAACAGUACGCCAACACUUCACGCCAGAUCCGCCAACAACAGUACCCGUCACUUCGCCAAGAUCCGCCAACAACAGUACCGCCAACACUUCACACGCCAAGAUCCAGCCAACAACAGUACCCGCCAACACUUCACGCCAAGAUCCAGCCAACAACAGUACCCGCCAACACUUCGCCAAGAUCCAGCCAACAACAGUACCCGCCAACACUUCACGCCAAGAUCAGCCAACAACAGUACCCGCCAACACCACGCCAAGAUCCGCAACAAAGUACCCGCCAACACUUCACGCCAAGAUCCAGCCAACAACAGUACCCGCCAACACUCACGCCAAGAUCCAGCCAACAACAGUACCCGCCAACACUUCACGCCAAGAUCCAGCCAACAACAGUACCGUCAACACACCGCCAGAUCCAGCCAACAACAGUACCGCCAACACUACGCCAAGAUCCGCCAACAACAGUACCCUCCAACACACCACGCCAAGAUCCAGCCAACAACAGUACCCGCCAACACCACGCCACAGUCCAGCCAACAACAGUACCCGCCAACACCACGCCAAGAUCCAGCCAACAACAGUACCCGCCAACACCACGCCAAGAUCCAGCCAACAGUACCCCCAACACACGCCAAGAUCCAGCCAACAACAGUACCGCCAACACCACGCCAAGAUCCGCAACAACAGUACCCGCCAACACCACGCCAAGAUCCAGCCAACAACAGUACCCGCCAACACCACGCCAAGAUCCAGCCAACAACAGUACACCGCCGCCAGUCCAGCCAACAACAGUACCGCCCAACACCACGCCGAGUCCAGCCAACAGCAGUACCCGCCAACACCACGCCAAGAUCCAGCCAACAACAGUACCCGCCAACACCACGCCAAGAUCCAGCCAACAACAGUACCCGCCAACACCACGCCAAGAUCCAGCCAACAACAGUACCCGCCAACACCACGCCAAGAUCCAGCCAACAGCAGUACCCGCCAACACCACGCCAAGAUCCAGCCAACAACAGUACCCGCCAACACCACGCCAAGAUCCAGCCAACAACAGUACCCGCCAACACCACGCCAAGAUCCAGCCAACAACAGUACCCGCCAACACCGCCAAGAUCCAGCCAACAACAGUACCCGCCAACACCACGCCAAGAUCAGCCAACAAGUACCCGCCAACACCCGCGAUAACAACAGUACCCGCCAACACCACGCCAAGAUCCAGCCAACAACAGUACCCGCCAACACCACGCCAAGAUCCAGCCAACAACAGUACCCGCCAACACACCACGCCAAGAUCCAGCCAACAACAGUACCCGCCAACACACCAUGAUCCAGCCAACAACAGUACCCGCCAACACCACGCCAAGAUCCAGCCAACAACAGUACCCGCCAACACUUCGCCAAGAUCAGCCAACAACAGUUGCCAACACCACGCCAAGAUCCAGCCAACAACGUACCCGUCAACACUUCGCCAGAUCCAGCCAACAACAGUACCCGUCACACCGCCAAGAUCCAGCCAACAACAGUACCGCCAACAACGCCAAGAUCGCCAACAACAGUACCCGCCAACCACACCACGCCAAGAUCCAGCCAACAACAGUACCAGCCAACACCACGCCAAGAUCCAGCCAACAACAGUACCGCCAACACACCACGCCAAGAUCCAGCAACAACAGUACCGCCAACACACCACGCCAAGAUCCAGCCAACAACAGUACCCGCCAACACACCACGCCAGAUCCAGCCAACAACAGUACCCGCCAACACCACCAAGAUCCGCCAACAACAGUACCCUCAACACCACGCCAAGAUCCAGCCAACAACAGUACCGCAACACACCACGCCAAGAUCAGCCAACAACAGUACCCGCCAACCGCAGAUCCAGCCAACAACAGUACCCGCCAACACCAGAUCAGCCAACAACAGUACUUGCCAAAACACACGCCAAGAUCCAGCCAACAACAGUACCUCCAACACCACGCCAAGAUCCGCCAACAACAGUACCCUCUAAAUUUUCCCGCCAGUCGUAA